AGCAUUCUCCGAUAGUGGAAUUUCCUUCGCCAGAAAAAACUUCACAAUUACGUGCAGUUUUUUACUUUAUGGUGUUUUUGGACACCACCACCCCUAUUUGUUCAAGGCAUAUCAUUCAACCGACACCUCUUGGUUCAUAUUGGACCGGGAAAUUUUUACCGAAUGACCUAUACUUUCCCAAUACCGAACCGAAGAAUCAGUUAAAACGAAUCAUUUUUAGAUUCGAACUUGCCGAUGAUGGUAUUAUAGAUGGGGACACUCCUACUUUUACAAUUAAUAUAUUUGACUCAG